AUCUGCACUACACUAGUAGUGGCUUAUAUAUAAGUUCCGCGUUUGUGUGGCACCCCACCCCCACCCCGCUUGUGUGUUUCUGUCUCGCAUAAUAAAUGUUUUCUUUGUCCAAGCACUGUCUACGACGAUCAGGACAAUGGAUCCGAUCUUACUCGACUGAGAAGGCUGUCUUCUUAGAUCAAAAGCAACUGGAAGCUUUAGAAGAGCUGCAAUCUAUUGCAAUGACCGAGAUCCCAGUGCCGUCUUCUGUUGCUGAACCCGUGGUUCGAAGUUCACCAGAAGCGGCCUUUGGACGAAAAAGGAUCGGGGCUGUGAGUUUGCCAAGACCCUUAAUUCAAGGCAUUGCGGAACUCAUUGAAGAAAAUGACAAACGACUGAUCCGCACAGAUGCCUUGCGUCUUUACGAGUCGCUCCGAUCCACUUCCAGGAUACCUACACAUCUCCCAGACUACGACAACGGUAGUAGCAGUAGUAGUAGUAGUAGCCAUGGCAAAAGCAAAAAGCGCCAAGCAGCUUACCAGGAGCCCCAUACCUUGGCUUAUGGUCCGCGUGAAUCCAUUGCUUAUGCAGCUGGUGUGCUACCAUCUACUUAUGCGGCGACCAUGAAUGUCCUGGCCGAAAUAUCCCAUCGAAUAGCCGAUUUUGCUCCAAAGUCCAUCCUCGAUUUUGGCACGGGCCCAGGCACGGCUUUAUGGGCUGCACAAGAGGUGUUCUCAGAUCUACAAUCAUAUGUCGGUGUCGAUCUUUCUGAGGAUAUGCUCAAUAUUGCUGAACGACUACAAGCCAAUCUCUCACCCUACGCAAAUAUGGAGUUUAAGCGAUACCUUGGUGCUGUGGUUCCAAAUGCACCGAAACCUGAUUUGGUAGUAAGCGCGUUUACCAUCGGUGACCUCCCCUCUCAAGCUUUACAGCGCUCUAUUGUGGAUCAACUCUGGGAACAUGCAGGCGAUAUUCUAGUGCUCGUUGAUCGAGGUACGCCUAUUGGCUUUUCAAAUAUUGCUCGCGCUCGACAAUGGAUUUUGGAUCAGCAUAAAGAUGAUGUGCAUGUGGUGGCACCGUGCCCCCACGAUAGACCCUGUCCCUUACUGUAUUCACCUGAUGCCAGACCGGAUGCAUUCUGGUGUCACUUUUCACAAAGAGUUCAACGACCGCCUUUUCUGAUGAAAACAAAGCAUUCCAAGUUCAAUCUAGAAGACUCAAAGUAUGCCUAUGUUGUUUUAAGGCGAGGAUCAAGGUCAAAGGCAGAAUCAAGUCAUGAUGAUCUCCCUGAAGCUGCAUACACAUGGCCUCGUUUAAUACAGCCUCCUCUCAAGAAGCAUGGACACGUUGUGAUGGAUGUGUGUGCCAAAGAAGGAGAAAUUCAACGAAUGGUGAUUCCCAAAUCACAAGGCAAAAUCCCGUAUAGGGAUGCACGUAAAGCGGCGUGGGGUGAUUUAUUUCCUCAUCCUUCGAAGAACAAGGUCGUAACACGCGUAUCGAAGGGUGUAUCAGAUAAUGACCGUGUUGUUAAUAGUGAUGGAGUCGUCAAAGUCGAGUAAAAAGUCAAAAAAAGGAAAGAUUGGGCUGCUGUUUGUUACCAUUUACAUGUAUAAAGAAGAUGCAUUCUGCAUUGUGUAAAGACAAGGUAUAUUUCACUGUACUACUUAUUCCAAGUUACUACUUAAUAUUUGCGCUUUGAGCUCGUCGAAUUUGGCUUCACUGAGUGGAGAAAAUGUGAUAAGGUUGUUAUCCGGGAC